GUUCUUGUUUUGUUUCCUUCUCUUUAACCUUUACAAGCAUGCCUGGUAGAACCUACAGCAAGACUUCCAAGGUCCCUAAGCGUCCUUUCGAAUCCGCUCGUCUUGACCAAGAACUCAAGUUGAUUGGUGAAUUCGGUCUUAAGAACAAGAAGGAAAUCUGGAGAGUCGGAUUGACCCUUUCCAAGAUCCGUCGUGCUGCUCGUGAACUUUUGAAGCUUGAUGAAAAGGACCCUCGUCGUCUCUUUGAAGGUAAUGCCUUGAUCCGUCGUCUUUUGCGUAUUGGUGUUCUUGAUGAAACCCGUAUGAAGCUCGAUUACGUCUUGGCUCUCAAGAUUGAAGAUUUCUUGGAACGUCGUCUUCAAACCCAAGUCUUCAAGUUGGGUCUUGCCAAGUCUAUUCAUCACGCUCGUGUCUUGAUUCGUCAACGUCACAUUCGUGUUGGUAAGCAAAUCGUCAAUGUUCCCUCUUUCAUUGUUCGUUUGGAAUCUCAAAAGCACAUUGACUUUGCCUUGACUUCUCCUCUUGGUGGUGGUCGCCCUGGUCGUGUCAAGAGAAAGAGAGCUGCUGCUGCCGCCGGUGGUAAUGAUGAUGCUGAAGAUGAUGAAGAAUAAGCUCUUUCUCUCCUCCCAGAUAUGAACCUUUGCAAAUAAUAAACGCUCGUUUACAAUGAUGUUUGAUAACAUCUUCAUUUGCAAAGCACCUGUCGUUACUUUAUGUGACACAGUAUCAUAUUCCAUGGUUUAUUUUUUUUUUUUUGGGGCUAUUAUCUCUGGAAAGAACUCUGAGGAAUCUAUGGAUUCAUAUUUCAUACAUAUGUGUGAAUUUAAGCCUUUCUCUAUAUGGUG